CACUUUGUUGACUCUGCAGCUCCAGCGGCAGGGAAGCUGCUGGAAGUCUUUCUACUGACAUUCAUGACCCGAAAUCCAUCCAACAACGUGUGUAACCAUUAAAAUACAACGAUUAACACAAUUUUACGUGUCAUUGAUUAAUCAAAAACAUUAAAAGGAAGUGAGGUUAAGCAGAUUAAUAGUGAUAUGGGGGAAAAACGGAACAAACCUGCAGUUUCACGGCUCACCUUUUCUAAAACAACAACUAUGUUCAACAAAUGACAUAACAGCGUGUGGUUGCGACACAGUGGAGAUAUGUGGACCGGCUGAAAUCUCCAGCUAUGCUUUCUGGGUAAAGUGCACUCUGGUAUCCGCCCAUAUUCGCGUAACGCAGGCCAGACAGAGCAAGCUAGGCCGGGGCGCUGCUGGAUCAGAUGGAAAGUUCAAUCGAUUAAUCUGGCAACUUCAUGUUUUCGUCUGCUCCCCAAACCUCGUCAGAACCGACUCAAAUGCUGGCAUUUUGGUGAGAAAUAGGAAAUGCGGAGAUCGUGUGAAACGAGAGGAUUAUCUGUUUGACAACUUAUUCGGUCGCCACUUCAGACGCGGAACUCCACUAAAGGUGAAUCAUGACGGAAUAUAAGCUGGUUGUGGUGGGAGCUGGUGGCGUUGGCAAGAGCGCGCUCACCAUCCAGCUCAUCCAAAACCAUUUUGUGGAUGAAUAUGACCCCACCAUUGAGGACUCUUACAGAAAACAGGUAGUAAUUGAUGGAGAGACGUGUCUCCUGGACAUCCUGGACACUGCAGGUCAAGAGGAGUACAGCGCCAUGAGGGAUCAGUACAUGAGGACAGGGGAAGGCUUUCUCUGUGUUUUUGCUAUCAAUAACACCAAGUCCUUUGAAGACAUUCACCAUUAUAGAGAACAGAUUAAGCGGGUGAAGGACUCUGAGGACGUCCCCAUGGUGUUGGUGGGAAACAAGUGUGACCUCCCCACCCGGACGGUGGACACCAAGCAGGCUCAGGACUUGGCACGCAGCUUCGGCAUUCCCUUUAUUGAAACCUCAGCCAAAACCAGACAGAGAGUGGAAGAUGCCUUUUACACUCUGGUACGGGAGAUCAGGCAGUACCGGCUCAGUAAGCUCAGCAAGGAAGAAAAGACUCCACGCUGUGUCAACCUUAAAAAGUGUGUUGUGAUGUGAGAGGGGGCGUCGAUGAUGCCUUUUACACAUUAGUCAGAGAAAUCCGGAAGCAUAAGGAGAAGAUGAGCAAGGAGGGCAAAAAGAAGAAAAAGAAGUCCAAGACAAAGUGUAUACUCAUGUGAAUAACUGCCCCUUUUCAAAACAGAAAAAAAACAUAUUAAUAAUAAGCAGUUUAAGUAAUACAUUUUUGUACAUUACACUAAAUUAUUAGCCUCCAUUUCAUUAAAUACUAAACCUGACCUAAAUUUUCCUGUUGUUCUUUUGUCGGGACACCAGUAAGCUCUCAGUUUAGUGCCAGUUGCUGACAUGGGUAAGCCCCACAGUUUGAGUUCGAUUCCUUUGAGGUGAUGGUGUUUUUAUUUUUAUUUUCUUUUUUGGACAUAAUCAUGGAGCUAAUGUCACACCUGACAACACUGUUAUCAGCAUUCACUUCCCUUUGCUGGAAAAGCCGCAGCUCUUUUCAAGCAGAGGAUGCCAAAGAAUGAACCGUGGACAAAACGGAAAAGGGCCGCCGUUCAGCGGGAUAAGGUCCAAAACAUUCUGCCACCGUGUAAUGUCCGUCUCCCACGCCUUUAAAUAGGACUUAGUUUUGUCACUGAUAAUUAUGCAUGCAAACUCCUACUCUUUUCCUAGUGUUUAACACCCUAGUUAGCUAUUAAUGAAUUUGUCAUUGCUUUGUACUGUGUGGGUAGUGAUUUUUUUUUUUUUUUUUUUUUUUUUUUUUUUUAAAUGCCUACAUCAGAGGUCGUUUUUCUUCCUGCAUGCAUUGUGUCCAUGACGGCACGAUCUGGUUGACAGUCAACAUGGAGGAUCUCAGAUUUGUUUGUUUAAUUUUUUUCUUUUUGAGAAACUGUUAAUAUUGGCUGCUGUGAGCUAAAAAAUCAUUUUCUUUUAAUGAAAAACUGCAAAUUUAAGAUUUUUUUUUUUGUACUUAUUUUGUUUGUAACGCUCAUGUUUGUGUUGUAAAGACUCAUGCCUUGUUAACUCCUCUGUAGGGUUGUUUUUGGAGCAUCCUGACAACAGUCAUUUCAUUGCUUUGUGUUCUUAAAAACUUAAAGCAGCAGCAGGUUUUACGUUUGAAAGUUUGUUUGGGGAAAUGCUAGACUUCAGGAUGUAUGUUUGCUGAACUGCCAUGCCUUUUUUUUGUCCCGAUAUAAAGCAAAAAAACCUUUUUUUUUACCCAGCUUUGAAAAAAAUAAGAGUCCCCAAAAGUUGUUUAAUAAAAGUAUUAAACUUGUUUGGUAUUCUGCAUUUCCACUUGCCAUUUAAUAGGCAAGGCAGCAAUUUCCAUCAUUUUUAUUAUUUAUAGACCAAAAUAAAUGAAAUAAACUUUACAAAACCUCCUGGUUUCUCUCGGGUCAGUUUAUAUUUCACCCUUUUUUUUGAUGGAUUGUUUUUAUUUUUUUCCAGUAGGUGCUACAUUUUGACAAUUGACACAAAAUCACAUUUUCUUUUUCUUCUUCACUGCACUUAAUAUGCAGAAAAACAGUUUGAAAGAAAUGCUGUUCUCACAGAUGAUUUAAUUUCUGCUUUAAAUGACCUCUUCUUUCAUGAAGUAGACAAAAAACUGAUGCAAUUUUAGAUACAAAACCCUCCUGUUAACAAUACAACGUAAUUUUACUGUAACUUUUGGACUUUUUCUUCUUUUUUUUGUGUGUGCCAACACCUGAUUUCUGAAAUGUCUCAGUUUGACCUGGACCGUAUUGUAACAACCUUUGUAUAGUUGUGAUACUGAAAAGUGCAUAUUUUGUAAAUUGUGCUUCAUUUCGUUGGUGUGUCUAAAUGAAUGUUGCUUUAACGGAGUUUUACCGCUCCGCUCUGUGUGUGCGUCCAGAGAGUGACUGGGUCCAGGGAAGUGAAUGAGUGACCACUUCACAGCAGAGCUGCUUAGGACAGCACCGAGUGGGGAUCUGAUCUCAAAAUGAGUCUAUUUUUUGCCAUGAAUUCACCACUCCUAUUUAAUGUGUAAUAAAGAACAAAGUAAUAAGGAA